AUGUCGGACGCCGAGGACCGCGCAAUGGCGGGCACGAGCAACGACGAGGAGGCUGUCUCUAUAGACGCCGACUUUGGCGCGUUGGAAAUGUUUGACAGCAACGCGGCCGACGCGCCCUUCUCCUCCUCGGCCGUGGACGAACCGAACGAGAAGAACAAGAAGACGAAGAAGAAGAAGAAGAAGAAGGACGGUGACAGGAAGAAGAAGGCUGGCAUUAAGGAGCCCUAUGAAGAAGGGGAGCACAAGAGGGCCAAACGUCGCGGGGCCGACCUCGAAGAUGACCAGCCUGAGGGCCAGGCGGAAACUGAGGCCGAGGGUACCGAUGAUGAGGGAGAGGGGGCUGCCAAACGCAAGCGCAGAGCCUCGGACGGCGGUGCCCGCCGCAACAAGAAAAGGAAGGGACGCGACGACCAGGACGGAUUCCUGCACAAGGAUGGUACCGAGGCCGCCGUAGAGGAGGAUGAGGACGACUCCGGCCCCCAAGGCUCCCCGUCAGUCGCCCACGCCCACGUGGACAUGCAGGAUGCUGCCACAGCUGUGGAGCAGCAGCUCGCACAAGAAGAGAGUGCCGGCGCCGGCGCUGAUGCCGACGCCGAGGCCACGACGAUGGCGUCAGGUCGACCUAAACGGUCGACGCGCAAGAAGGCUGCCAAGCCCUCCUUCUUUGAGCAGCCACAGCCAGAGUACCCCGAUGAGGGGCUGGAGGGAGACCUCCCCUCCCCCUCGGCCAUCUCGCCCAAGCCGCGCAAGAGGACCAAGGCCGCCACCAAGAAGACGACCAAGGCGCGGAGGCGGACGGUGCACGACAGGGACGGCGACGACGACCGGGAUCUGAAGCCGGAGGGCGACGAGACGUACGACGACAUCAACGACGCGGACGCGCCAAAGGGUAGGAGGAACCGUAUGGAUGGGUACAUCAAGGGACGGUUCACGGAGGAGGAGCUGUUUGGGAUCUCAAAGCAGGUCGAGGCGUUUGCCGAGGAGAAUGAGCUGUCUCAGCACGAUGUCAAUGAGAUGAUCCAAGCACCCGGAGGUACGAGCGCGGGCGAGGCUCACGCGCAGCUCUGGAGCCGACUGUUCGCGGUGUGCCCUCGACGCCACCGACAAAAGGUCAUCAACAUCACGCGCAAAAAGUUCCACAACUUUGUGGCGCGCGGCACAUGGACGGCAGAGCAGGACAAGGAAUUGGCCGGGCUGAUUGACGUGCACGGGACGGCGUGGUCGAAGAUUGCCGGGCUCAUCAACCGGCACCCGGAGGAUCUGCGCGACCGGUACCGCAACUACAUCGUGUGCGGGGCCAACCAGCGCAAGGACACGUGGGACGAGGAGGAGGAGCGGCGGCUGACGCAGUACGUGAUCGGGGCGAUGGCGGCCAUCGACGACCUGCGGGCGAUGCAGCCGUCGCGCAAGCUGCUGCAGAAGUCGUACGAGGAGCUCAUCGACUGGCAGAACGUCAGCGAGCAGAUGGACCGAACGCGCAGCCGGCUGCAGUGCAUCACCAAGUGGAAGUCCAUGAACCUCAAGACGCACGGAAAGGACAAGCUGGCGUCGUCGCAGCCCGACUCGCAGAUGUCGUUCAACCUGGAGAAGGCGCGACGGCAGAUCGUGGACAUGCCGGUGGCGGAGCGCUACCGGCUCGUGCUGGCGAUCCGCGCGGCCGAGCCGGCGACCGAGGCCAAGAUUCCGUGGCACCGCCUCAACGACAAGGAGUACCGCAACAAGUGGCACCGCGCCACGCAGAUGGUCCUGUGGCACCGCCUCAAGACGACGGUUCCCAACCACGAGAAGCUGUCGGUGCGCGAGUGCGCAAGAUACCUGACGGACCAGUACGACCGCACCGACCAGCUGCCCGACGUCGACGAUGGCAACUUCAACGUCGCCGACGAGAUGCGCUGCAUCCAGACGCUCUCCACGCCCACCUCGAGCGCCCGCAAGCCGUCAUCCCCGUCGGGGACGGCCAACGCGCGCGCCUCCCGCGCCGGAAAAGGCAACGGCAAGACGCUGAGCAGCGACUACGUCAACCCCUCCGACGACGACGAGGCCACGGCCGCGGCGCCGCAGGAGGACGAGAUCGACAAGGCUGCCGCAGCCGCCGCGGCCGCCUCCGCCGCUCCUACGCCUGCCCCAGCCGCAGAUGAUGAGGAGGAGAUGCAGAUCGACCCCGCGCUCAUGGGUGAGCCCGCCCCCCCCGCGGGAGCAGACGAGGACACGACCGAUACUGCCGCCGCCGCCGCCGCCGUUGCUGCUGCUGCUGCUGCUGCUGCUGCUGCUGCCACCGCUGCCCCCAUCUUCGUCAAGAAGCCCACCUCCGCCACCCCGGUCAGGAAGCCACCGGCCGCGACGUACGGAAAGAAGAGGGGUUCCGCCGCCAAGAAGAGGUCUUCGGCCACGAUGCUGUCUCAGGAUCCCAUCGAGGACGACGACGACGACGACGCGCCGACGGCACAGGGUGAGAACGGUGCCGCCGGUGCGGACAACCAGCCACUACCUCCCACUUCCACCAGGAAGAGGAACAGGUUCCCCGACCCCCCGGCCUUUGGGGGGUCUACGAAGACUGAGCCUACGGAUGACGUACCGGCUGAUUCUAGCGAUAUGGAGGAUAUGGAUGAUUUGCCUGCUCAGGUGGCUUAG